AUGCAGGACAUCCGACUGACGGCCAUCUUGAUGGCUUGCUUCACUCUCUUUCCCUCUUAUGCAACUGCAUUCUGGCGUCUUCCUUGCCGUGGGCGAACUGGUGUCGCGCGGCUGGAUCCCCUUGUGGACCCGGGGAAAGUCUCUUCUCAUGUGCAUUCGGUUCACGGUGGUGGAAGCUUCGGUAUGAGUUCUGACCAGAAUUCUCUUUUGGGCUCUAGCUGCACGUCUUGCGCUGUGACGCAGGAUAAGUCGGCAUAUUGGACCCCAGCUCUAUACUUUAUGCAUACCAAUGGCAGUGCCGAGCUGGUUGAGGAGGUUGGAGGCAUGCUUGCCUACUACCUCCUCUAUGGAGAGAAUGUCACCGCGUUCCCGAAUGAUUUCCGCAUGCUGGCCGGUGAUGCCUUCCAGCGUAACUUCACCUGGCCAGUUCCCGACCCUCCCAAGUCCUCGUGGACUGGUGCUCAAGCCUCGCAGGCCGCUUUGCGUCAGAAGGCUAUUGGAUUCAACUGCUUGAAUUAUCAAACAACCGCCGAAGCAUCCCUUUACCGUCACUUCAUGCCGAACAAAACCUACCUCGACGAGCACUGCACGGACGGCGUUCGGUUCGAGCUGAUGUUCCCAUCCUGCUGGAAUGGUAAGGAUGUCGAUUCCGAUGACCACAAGUCCCACGUUGCGUAUCCAUCUCUGGUUAUGGACGGUACCUGCCCCGAGGGAUACGAAACUCGACUUGUAUCACUCUUCUACGAGACAAUCUGGAAUACAUAUGCUUUCAAGGACGUUGACGGGUACUUCGCGCUGGCCAACGGUGAUCCCACUGGAUACGGGUACCACGGCGAUUUCAUCCACGCCUGGGACGACGGUGUGCUGCAGAAGGCUGUUGACACUUGCACAAGCGAGACAGGUCUGAUUGACGAUUGCGAAAUCUUCGACAUCCAGACAGAAAAUAAGCAGCGCCAAUGCGAGUUUGAAGUUCCCUCUGUGCUUAAAGACGAAAACGUCUUCAUGUAUGCCAACGGAUUGCCAGGCUCAAUGGGUAUCGAAUGGGGCCCAGCCUACGCUUCGAUGGAUAUGGACUCUUCGGCUACCACAACAGCUGCAGGCAUUCUUCCGUCGCUGGCAGUGCCCUCCAUCUCUCUGGGUAUCACAAUCGAUACGGGCGACUUGUUCGGCAAUCUCAAUAUUGCCCAUACCGCCACCGCUGAAGCCCCGGCAAUUACUUCGACUUCUACUUCCACGUCGACCCCCACGCCCACACCGACCCCCACGGCAUCUAUUGUUCUCGACCCCAUCACCGAGGAGAUUAUUUAUCUUCAGCGGGAUAUUAUUGUCCUGAUCGAUGAGAACGGUGCCCCGUAUGCAACCACCACGGGCAGCACCCGCACUUUGUCCACUGCAACCACAACCGUCAUUGAGACCUCCACAGCCGUUUCCUACGUGAAGAGGGAUACUGCGGAGGCGGACUCUGUAGAACAGGAGCAGCCCGCUACCCACGCACGCAGACAUCUCCACCGUCAUGGUCACCUGCACAACAAGUUCUAA